CCUACCACGUUCCAUCCAGAGUGGGAUUUCCAUGACCUCCAAAGAGCCAGCUUUUCAUUCAGUUUUUCUUUUCUUUUUCCCAAACCACCAGCUAACGUCCUGGAGGGUGACUCCAUGGACCAGGAUGUUGAGAGCCCUGUGGCCAUUCACCAGCCAAAGUUGCCUAAGCAGGCCAGGGACGACCUGCCAAGACACGUCAGCCGAGACCGGACCAAAAGGAAAAUCCAGAGGUACGUGCGGAAAGAUGGAAAGUGCAACGUCCACCAUGGCAACGUGAGGGAGACCUAUCGCUACCUGACCGAUAUCUUCACCACCUUAGUAGACCUCAAGUGGAGAUUCAACCUGUUGAUUUUCGUCAUGGUCUACACAGUGACGUGGCUCUUUUUUGGAAUGAUCUGGUGGCUAAUUGCAUACAUCCGAGGAGACAUGGACCACAUAGAGGACCCUUCAUGGACUCCUUGCGUCACCAACCUCAAUGGGUUCGUCUCUGCUUUUUUAUUCUCCAUAGAGACAGAAACCACCAUUGGUUAUGGCUACCGGGUCAUCACGGACAAGUGCCCAGAGGGAAUUGUUCUCCUCUUAAUCCAAUCUGUUUUGGGGUCCAUUGUCAAUGCGUUCAUGGUGGGAUGCAUGUUUGUAAAAAUAUCGCAACCCAAGAAGAGGGCAGAGACCCUGGUUUUUUCCACCCAUGCGGUGAUCUCCAUGAGGGAUGGGAAACUGUGCCUGAUGUUUCGCGUAGGGGAUCUGAGGAAUUCCCACAUCGUGGAGGCUUCCAUCAGAGCUAAGUUGAUCAAGUCCAAACAGACCUCAGAGGGGGAGUUCAUCCCCUUGAACCAGACGGAUAUCAACGUAGGGUAUUACACCGGCGAUGACCGUCUCUUUCUGGUGUCACCACUCAUCAUUAGCCAUGAAAUUAACCAACAGAGUCCUUUCUGGGAGAUCUCCAAAGCCCAGCUGCCCAAAGAGGAACUGGAAAUUGUGGUCAUCCUAGAAGGCAUGGUGGAAGCUACAGGGAUGACGUGCCAAGCUCGAAGCUCCUACAUCACUAGUGAGAUCCUCUGGGGGUACCGGUUCACCCCUGUCCUGACACUAGAGGACGGGUUCUACGAAGUCGACUACAACAGCUUCCAUGAGACCUACGAGACCAGCACCCCGUCUCUCAGUGCCAAAGAGCUGGCCGAGUUAGCCAGCAGGGCUGAGCUGCCCCUGAGCUGGUCCGUCUCCAGCAAACUCAACCAACACGCAGAACUGGAGACUGAGGAGGAAGAAAAGAACCCUGAGCAGCAGACGGCGAGGAAUGGUGAUGUGGCGAAUCUAGAGAACGAAUCCAAAGUUUAG